CGCGUCCAGGGGCGGACGGCAGACCCCGGGGCCCUCCUUCCACGGCCGCGGCCCACGGCCGCCGCCCCUCGCCCGCCCUUCCCGAGGCCCGUCCUGGCUCGCGGUUUGAAAGCGUGGACGUGACUGGGAGGAGUCUGGCCGCCUCGGAUUUGCGCGCUGGCGGCCCGCGGCCCGGGCGGCGACCAUGGCGGAGCCCACGGUGUGCUCCUUCCUCACCAAGGUGCUGUGCGCCAACGGCGGCCGCAUGUUCCUCCAGGACCUGCGCGGCAACGUGGAGCUCUCGGAGGCGCGGCUGCGGGCCGUGCUGCGCCAGGCAGGGCCCGAGCGCUUCCUGCUGCAGGAGGUGGAGCUGCGGGAGGGCCUCUGGGACGCCGAGGCCGAGGCGGCGGCGGGCGCGGGCGGCGCGGGCGGCGGCGGGCCCUCGGCCUGGAGGGUGGUGGCCGUGUCCUCCGCGCGCCUCUGCGCCCGCUACCAGCGCGGCGAGUGCAAGGCCUGCGACCAGCUGCACCUCUGCCGCCGCCACAUGCUGGGCAAGUGCCCGAACCGCGACUGCUGGUCUACCUGCACCCUUUCCCAUGACAUCCACACGCCUGUCAACAUCCAAGUCCUGAAAAACCACGGACUUUUUGGCCUGAAUGAGGCCCAGCUUCGGAUCCUGCUUUUGCAGAACGACCCCUGCCUUUUACCAGAGGUCUGUUUACUCUACAACAAAGGUGAAGCGCUGUAUGGUUACUGCAACCUCAAGGAUAAAUGCAACAAGUUCCACGUGUGCAAGUCCUUUGUCAGGGGAGAGUGCAAACUUCAGAAAUGCAAACGGUCCCAUCAGCUCAUUCAUGCUUCGGCCCUGAAGCUGCUGCAAGACCAAGGACUGAAUAUUCCGAGUGUUGUUAAUUUUCAGAUAAUCUCUACCUACAGGCACAUGAAGCUGCACAAGAUGCUCGAAAAUAAAGAUAUUUCAGCUUCUUCUGCUGAGCAGUCACAGGGCCUUGAGGAACAAAGAGUAUGCGUAGCUGGGGCUGCAGAAGCCAGUCCUCCGGUUUCUGUCCCUGCUCAGUUGGCCAAGAAGCCGUGCGCAGGUAGACCUUAGUGGACGUCAGUGAAACAAGAAGAAGCUUGUCCAGUUGGAAGGUCUGAAAACGAAGCUUUCCGUUGAGCUUUAAUUUGUAACCAUUUAUUCAUUUAAUCGUUUAUUUGUAAUGGUCUUGAUAAGACCUACCUCCCAGGUUGUUGGAGAAUUAAAGAAGAUGGAAAAGGAGAAGAUGUCAGAUUGGGAGGAUAAAAUUGGGGAUAGGAGGUUGGGGAUGAGGUUGGACAUUGAGCGGGCAAAGAGAGGGAAAAACGUGAGUGCAGAUGGGGUCAGUCCAGGGCAGAUCCUGGAGAUGGCAGCUUCUGCCUGCAGCUUUCCCCAGCUGGCUGGCGGGGCCUCUGAAAGGGGCGGGUUUCUGCUGACUUGUUCUGUGACCCAGCCAAGUGUUUUUCCAUAUACACAGGUUACAUUUACACACACACAUUUAUACAUUUACACAAUGUAUUGUGGUAUUCAUAGAGUAUGUACACUUCAUACUGUUUAUUUUUUUACCUGAUAUUCCAUAAGCAUCUUUCCAUAUUUGUUCACGCUCAUUAUGCUUGAACAUUAUGCAUAUGAUUAUGCAUAAUCAUUUUUAUGCACAAAUACACUAAUAUAUCAUACUUAACCAUUUCCCUUAUUUUGGGGUAUUUCGAUUCUCUCUAACAAAUUUUGAAUAUAAUUCUUAAAAUCCACACAAUAUUGAAUUUUUAAAGUUAUUCUUUACUUUUGCUUAGCUUAUAGUUGCUAAAUGAUACUAUCUUUUUUUUUUUUUUAUAAUUUUUUAUUUUAUUUUUUUUGUGAGGAAGAUCAGCCCCAAGCCAGCAUCCGUGCCAACGUUCCUCUUUUUUUUUGCUAAGGAAGACCGGCUCUGAGCCAACAUCCAUUGCCAAUCCUCUUCCUUUUUCUUCCCCAAAGCCCCAGUAGAUAGCUGCAUGUCACAGCUGCACAUCCUUCUAGUUGCUGUAUGUGGGACGCAGCCCCAGCAUGGCUGGAGAAGCGGUGCGUCAGUGUGCGCCCGGGUUAUCCGAACCCGGGCCGCCAGUAGCGGAGCGCGUGCACCCAACUGCUAAGCCACCAGGCCAGCCUGAUACUAUCUUUUGAUUUCCAUUUCUUUACAUAUAUGUGUAGGUAAAUGUUUUUCUGUGUGUCUGCUUUCUGUAUGUCUUUAUUUCGUGAGUUUUGUCCAUGCCCCUUACUUACUGGAGCUCUGCUCUGCUGGUGUGGGGUGGCCUUUGAUUAGGCUCCUUAAUUUUCAUGAGAGGAUGUCAUCUGUGCUGUGCUCAUGUGAUAGCCAAUUCUUGUGGAUCCAUCCUCACCCAGCACCACCGAGUAUAUAACUUUUGGGUGCUUCCCAGAGAUUUCUACCUCACUGUCUACUCUCCAUCUCAUAUUAAGCUUUUACCAAAGCCCACAUUGCUGUAGUUUGAAGGAUGUGUGGUUCAUCCAUUCCUCAAAGUUGUAUCCGUUCUUUCUGUGGAUCAGGAUGGACCAUCAGAAAUCUAUAUACCUCACCCAUUUCAUGUUGACUCUCCCCUUCCUCUCUUCUCUCUGCGCCCACCCACCCAGCUGUCUUUAUCAAAUUGUACUGAGAUGUUUGGUUCUUUGUUUUCAUCAAGGGGUGCCACAGAGAAGCAGUUUUAUGAAAUCCUUUCUUUUGUUUGCUGUAGUAAUAUCCCCAGAUGUCAUUAUGUUAAGUGUUUUUUAAAAAAUUUUAACUGCCCUGCAAUAACAUAACAUUUGAGAAAUAGGGACAAGGUAGUGAGUUUUUCGUAAAGCUAAAUUUAUUUAACUUAGAAAAUUUUUUAUUGUGAAAUACUAUCUUUUCUAUUGUGCAGAAAUGUCCUUUUUAAAGUGAGAAAUUGCUGUGUUUUCUCCUAAGGGAUGAUAAGAGUCAUGCAACUUAUGUUAAUCUUUUCACCUUGUCAACAACGGUAUUUCUGAAAGCCCUUGUGUUCUGCACAUCUUGUUUCUUUUUUCCUAGUUCUGAUUUCUCCUGGUGCUAAUUUUUAAAAAAAUCAUUUUUACAUUUUACUAUUAUUAUUUACAUUUUAUCCUUUUACUAUGUAUAUUUUUGUUAUAAGCCAUCUUAAAUCCUUAAUGGAAACAGUGUAGCGUGUAAAUCCAUAUCCUUCACAUUAAGAGGCUUUGCACACUUUUACAUUAUUGUAUGCUUUUUAUAUAUCUUAUAAUUAUGCUUUUAUAUAUGAAGUUAUUGACCCUCUGUAAUCUUUUUUGCAAUAUUUUAUUCAAUUCUAUAAUAUUCCAUUUUAAUUUUAGUUCUAUUGGUGUUCAUUCCAUCAAAAAUAUUUUAUAUAAUCAUACCUGUCUCUUAUUUUUGUCUGAUGAUUCAGCUGUUAGAGAGUUAUUCUCUUUGAGUUGGAGAUGAGUUUUCUUUGGCAGUCUAUUGGGGCUUAUGAGAUGAAGCUGCACAUCUGUAGCCUCCAGAAAUCCAGCAUAUCCUAAACUAAACAAUUAACUUUCCUCCAGAUUUGUUCCUCCUCAUGACUUAAGCCAAAACCCUGCAAAUUGUCCUAUACUCUUCUUUCUCCUUGUUCCCUGGGUUAAACUGGUUACCCAGUGUUGGAGAUUUUUUUCUCCUCAAAAAUCUCUCGAAUUUUUAUCCUUCUCUGCCCCUUUCUUUCCAUCUCCUACACACAACCUUGUUUCAAAACCUCAUCACCUCUCGCGUUUAUUUCACAGAUGCGUAAGUGGUUUUCAAGUCGUCUUGCAAGAGUUUUUUUGUAGGAGGUACUAGGUGGCCCUCUGUUCUACUUCAAUGAUGGUGGCCCCAUUUUAAUUUUUAACAUAGUACGCUUUUGUGCAUUUCGUUGAUCUCCUAACCUCCCUGCUCUCCCCCUGCCUUCCACCUUGCUGCCUGGUUGAUCUUUUGAAGUGCAAGCCUAAUCAUAUUGCUGUGACUGCGUUAACCUUCAUUGGUCCCCAUCACGUGGAGUAGAAGUCAUAAACUCAAAUGCCUACAGGGAACAGAAAGGUGAGCUAAAUGGAUGCAGUGAGCUGGCUGUAAGAGGAAUGGAGGAAGAGACGAAGUGCUGUGGCAAGCUAUCCUGUCUAAAAGGGGUAUCUGCCUCUUGUUUCCAUGGAAUGCAGCCCAGUUUGUCAUGUUGUCCAAUUCAUCAAAAGAAGCCAGAAAUCCAGAUAUUUAUGAGAAAUUUUCUGGCUUUUAAAUAUUGACUUUUAAUUGAGUUUUUAAAAUGCAGACCAAUAUUGUAUGUCUGACCUACCUGCAAUUUCUGGAAUGUGCCCUUUUAUCUGUGACUCUGUGUUUGUAAUGAUGCUCCCUCCAAGUGCCACUCCUUCCCUCCUUGUGCCUCACAACCUGGCAAAAUGAGAUUCUUUAAAAUGCAGUUUAGCCUUCCCUGACCCCAAGAGAGGCGGCUCUCUCAGCGCUCUCAAAGCUCUAGCAUAGCACUUACCACGUUAUAAUUCAAUGCUUUGUGUUUUUAUUCCCUAGCUUUGAGAAAAAAAAAAUUCUUGGUAGUUCUAACACUUGGUAGUUAAAUAUUUUUUGCCAUAUAAUGAAUUAAACUCUGCAUUUGAAUCCAUUGAAUCAGUAUAUGGGUUUUUGUUGUUCUUUUUUCUCCCCAAAAAUAUAUAUAUAUAUCUUGUUGUUGUUGUUGUUGUUGUUGUUGUUGUUGUUUUUUGGAAGAUCGGCCCUGAGCUAACAUCCGUUGCCAAUCUUCCUCUUUUUGCUUGAGGAAGAUGGUCGCUGAACUAACAUCUGUGCCUGUCUUCCUCUAUUUUCUAUGAAGGAUGCCACCACAGCAUGGCUUGAUGAGUGGUAUAUAGGUCCGUGCCAGGGAUCCAAACCCACAAACCCUGGGCAGCUGAAGUGGAACGCACGAACUUAACCACUAGGCCACCAGGCCGGCCCCUUCUCCCCACAUAUAUAUUUUUAAUAUUCAAAAAAUCUUUUUUUCCCCUAAGGAAUGUGUUAUAUAAGGCAAACAUCUUUUUGGUGCUUCAGUUUGAAUUGUCCAGGUCUAAAAUUAACUCUUUAAGACUUAUAUUCAUGAUAUCAGUUCUUUUCAUUAAGGCAUUAAGUCUUUCCGUUACUGAUAUUUCUUGAUUUCUUUCAUUAUAAUUUGUUCUUGUUUUUGUGUAGGUCUUAUAUAUCCCUUAUUAUAUGAGUUCUUUCUUGGCUAAAUAUAUCUGUAUUGCUGCUCAGUCUGAGAAUCUCUAUCAUUAGAAUCCUAUUUUUAAAAUAUUUGUCUUUUGGUGAAUUGUCUUUGUUCUAACAGUAUUAGAUGGCCUAUUUGUUUUUUCUAAAUAUGAAAUCAUAGCUGCAAAAAUAUUUGUAUUAUGUAUUUCUAUUUUGUUUUUUUGUGUUAAAUAAAAUUGUGAUAAAACGAUAUUUUUUGAUAUUUCUUCAUUAGAUACAAAGUUAAUUAUUGGCUUGAAACAAAUGUUCUCUGUUCAAUAAGGGAAGUAAUUUCUUCCAUUGUUUGUUAGAAGCUUUUAAUAGGAAUUGGUAUCUUUUGAUAUAAUUAUAAUUUUUAUCAUUUAAAUUACUUAGUAUUACGUUAAUGUUUUUCACGAUAUUAAAACAGCCUUAAAUUCUGAGUAAACUCCACUUGAUUAUAGCAUAUGUUCUUUAAAUGCCUUUUUUUCCUAUUUGGUAACUUUCAUUAUAAGUAUAUACAUCUAUAUAUUCCUAAAUAAAA